AUGGCAGAUGAGUUCUGGGCUAGCCUAACCGGCCAGCUAGGGCUGUUCAUGAAAGACCGGGGAAGGUUUCUCGAGCAAUACGGAAGGAACUUGGACUGGUGCCUGCCACAGCUGCUGAAAGCGGUUAAGGAGAUUAUCCAGACCAUGAUCGCAGCGCAAGAUUGCGAGCUCCUGAGCGAGGGCAUGCGCAGCCUGCUUGGCGUUUUGGAGGCCAUGAAGCUCGACGUUGCAAACCACAUAAUCCGCUCUUUGCGCGAGCGAAUAAUCGACGACACGGUAAAUUUCUUACAGCGCCAUUUUCGCAGAAAGCUGCAGGUGGAUUUCGACAUCGCCGACGCCAAGACAUGGUACUGGAACGCCUCACGGCAGUAUUCGGCUAUCAGCACCACGCCUGAGACCCGACAGGGGCUCGGCGAUAUGGCCGUUUUCUUCUAUGGGCUUUCGGCCAUGGUGCUGCCCACUAGUCUGCCUAAACAUAUGCAUGGAGUACCAGAGGACACUUGGUUCAGGGGCCUCCCCACCGUGCAGCUCGGCCUGCACCUUUACGCCUCACUCGUUGAAUUCGGCGCCAGAGGCGGCUGGGGAGUCCAUCAAAUCGGCGGUGUACGCAUCCCUCGUUGCCCUGCUUCGGACUAUCCAACCGGCGGUAUCUCCGCAAGAAAAGUGGCAAAUACUUGUGCCAAAGGUAGCGGUGGAAAUUAG